CUGGAACACUUUAGUAUGAAGUUUUUAUAUUUCAUACAUUUAGAAAAGCUAUUUAACGGCUAGGUUAUUCAUACCAUUGUGGAAAUACAGAGAACAUGAAAAUGAAGUGGACGUUAAUCCUUCUCCUUGGUAUGUUGCCCGAGACGACCUUGGGCUGGAGGUAUCAUUACUCGAACAAAGCAAUGAACUGGACCAUGGCCCGACAGUGGUGCCGGAGCAAUUACACGGACAUGGUGGUGAUCCAAAGCCAGGAGGAGAACGACUAUCUGGUCUCCCAGCUGCCAAUGAGAACCAGCUCUCCAUAUUAUUGGAUUGGGAUCACAAAAAAAAAAAAGAACGACCCUUGGACCUGGAUUGGAAACAACAGCACGUGGAUUGGUGAGAAGUCGUGGGCACAGGGGGAGCCCAACAACCAACACAUCGGGGAGUUUUGCGUGGAGAUCUACGUGAGAGAAGGAAAAGACAAAGGGAAGUGGAACGACGAGGAGUGUGCCAAGAAAAAAUUCCCUGUUUGUUAUGAAGCCCAGUGUAACGCAACAUCAUGCGAAAGAGGAAGGUGCCAGGAGACCCCCAAUAACACAACGUGCCACUGUGAUCCUGGCUUUGAGGGAGACAGGUGCCAAACAGGUGAGAAAUGA